AGUAACCAGCAGGACGGCUCCGGCUCCGCUCAUCGCAUCCGUGGAUUUUGUCUCAUCUCCAUUGCGUGUCCGUGGGAUAGUACUCAGCCAACGUCCUGUCACUUUUACAGUUUUAUUACCCUCUUUCGGUCCACCCCUUCGUCUUUUUGCCCCCCCCCCCCCCCCCGUCUCUCCUCUCCUCCGCUCAUCCUGGCGCAUCCUGCCCUUCGGUCCUGACGCGUGCCGGACUUAACUUUUCCAUCCUCCGUGGCAGCAGGAGGCUCUCCGAAGAAGCGGGCGGAACCCGCCGUGCGCACGGGGCUCUACAUGGGGCGCACGGUAAAAUGGUGUGCCGUCGGUGUGUGAAGCUGCCGGUGCGCGUGUCCGCCUGCUGUUUGCCACCUCGCCUGUGCUGUCGGGGCCACUGAGACAUGGGUCUCUCCGUGACGGCGCAGGCACCCGCGGAGGAGCCCCGACACCUGCGCCGGCGGAGCGGCGGCGCUGGAGGCUGGCUCAGGAUCACGCUGGUCUCCUUCCUCGCCACUUUACCUGUGGAGCAGCUGCGCGCCUUCCCGUCGUCCCUCAGCGAUUGCCAGACGCCGACCGGCUGGAACUGCUCCGGUUUCGAUGACCGGGACACAGACCUGUUCUUGUGCGACACCAAUACAUGCAAGUUUGAUGGAGAGUGUCUAAGAAUCGGAAAUAUGGUGACGUGCAUUUGUGACUUUAAGUGCAACAAUGACUACGCCCCAGUGUGUGGCUCCAACAAUCAGAACUACCAGAAUGAGUGCUUCCUGCGCAGAGAUGCCUGCAAGCAACAAUCUGAAGUACUUGUUAUUUCAGAAGGUUCCUGUCCUGCUGAUGCCGGUUCAGGAUCGGGAGAUGAUGGUGGAGAGGGCUCAGCCGAGGCGGGGCAGAAGGAGACGUCCACCUGCGAUAUUUGCCAGUUUGGCGCAGAGUGUGAUGAGGAUGCAGAGGAUGUUUGGUGUGUUUGCAACAUCGACUGUUCCCACAUCAGCUUCAACCCUGUGUGUGCCUCGGAUGGCCGUUCCUAUGACAACCCCUGCCAGGUGAAGGAGGCAUCCUGUCAGAAACAGGAACGAAUCGAGGUCAAGCACUUGGGCCACUGCCAAGGGGACAUCAUCAACGGGAACAAAGCCGGAGACGGACACUUUGCACGGACCGACUACACAGAGGACAAAGAGGACCCAAAGAACGAACUGGCCCGUGGUCUGUAUAUCCCCUGUCCAGAUCACUACAAGAACUACUGUGUCCACGGAGACUGCCAGUUCCCCAGCAUACUGGCACAGCCGUCCUGCAGCUGUCACUCUGGCUUCAGCGGGCCCCAGUGCGACACCAAAGAGUACAACGUGCUCUACGUGGUGCCAGGCUCUGGCAAAAUGCACUAUGUCCUCAUCGCCUCUAUCAUUGGAGCACUGCAGGUGGUCAUCAUCUGUGUGGUGGUGCUCUGCAUUACCAGAAAGUGCCCACGGACCAACAGAAUCAACCGGCAGAAGCAGAACAAUGUCCACUACAGUUCAGAGAACACCAUGCGCGCCUCCACUCGACUUAUCUGAGCCCCAGGCUCCCCAGACUGAAUCCCUCAAACGGUGCACUGCGGAGAUACAUGUUCCCCCUCGUAGGCCAACCCUGAAAAUUAGGAUCCGCUUCCCCUCACUCCUCAAACCCCUCUCCCGGUAGAAACUUGAGGGGUGCCCAGGGGAGGAUGGUGGCACACGGAUGACUGAGCUGGCGUAGGGAUCCGUGGUGAGACUCACACGUGGAUGUCAUCGGUCGCCACUGCUAGAACGCUCCCCCGCCCCGCUCCCACUCACCGUCCCUCCUUGCAGCUGCCGAUGAGUUUGCACCUUGAUGCUCUCGCCCAGGACUUCCCGAGAAAAUUGAACCACGGGAUGUUGGGUGGAGGAGGCCGGGGGGUGCACCGAGGACACUGAGAUGUCAGUUUGUGUGAAUGUGUCUUAGCCGUGUGAGCGUCGUCAUAGGUGGGGUAGCUGGUGUCUGUCAUUUAUUUGUAGCUGAGGGGUACAAGCAGCUUGGGUUAGUGCACAGCAGGGUUUAAAAUGAGGUGUGUGUUGUUUGGUCUGGGAUCGGGGUAAGCAUAGGGGUAGGGGCAAUGUUUUGGGGCUACACGUGAUGCCUUGCACUUUGUGUUAUAGGAGACCUUUGACCGAGGGCAUGAUGUUAUUAUAGAACUCUGUUUUGGUUGCGACGAUGACGUCAGCUUGGGUUCUAUUUCCAAUAGUUAUUACUGCGUUGUCUUGAUGGGGUCAUUUUUCUGUAAAUGUAAAUAAAUAAUUUAUAUCACAGAUAUAA